AUGAAUAUGCCUCAAGCACCACAACAACAGUCUCAACCCCAACCACACCAUCCAGUUUCUCCUACAGUCACCAGAAAACCCAGUUCAUCAACACCUAAACCAUCAAAGUCUACAAAAUCUGAUGCCCCCUCUACUAAGAAGACCAGAACCUCUGUUGCUACACAAGUUCUGAAGACAAAGUCUGAUAAACCAGCAAACUCUGAUGCUGUAAACUCUGAUACUGUAAACGCUGAUCCUGUAAACUCUGAAGCUGCUUCUCCUCCAAAGCAGAAAAGAAGACGACUUGUUGCAGCAUAUGAUUAUGAAGAAUUGGAAGCUCCUCCUGCCACAAACCCUGAAAAUAUACAGACCAGUCCUCAAACAAAGCCAGCAAGAUUCAAAAGAAGGGCUAACAAGGCUAAGAGGACAAGGGUACCCAUAACUGAGAUCACAGAUUUUACUAUUGAAGAAGAGCAAGCACCAUCCACUACAACUCCUGAUGAUCUAUCUCAAGCUCUGAUGGUGCUUCCUCUUCAGGCUGUUCCAAUCUCUGCUGCCACAGCAUCCUCUACUUCAUCUGAAGUAGAUGAGGAAAUUAUAUGCAAGGAGAAAGCUACAGAUGAAGCUGAGACACCAGUGUCUGAUUGUAACAAUCCAAUAUCUGAUCAUGGACCCUCCACACCAAUUCCUCAAUCACCAAUGAAAAUUCCUGAGGGGGCCAUUGUUCAUGAUACAGCUCCAGAAAACUACAAGUCUGAUUCUCUUGCUAAGACUGGUGAAGAGCCUAGCAAAUCACAGUCUAAAGCUCAAGAAAAAUCUGCUCAAGACACUGUUGAGAAAAUUGCUGAUCCUGCAUCUGAUAAUGAUGAGGAUGAUGAAAGUUCAGAUGAUGACAAUAAUGACAAUGAUAAUGAAACAUCUAAAUCAAUAGAUGGUCCCAGAACAGAAGUAGCUAAUAUCAAGGAGACAAAUGACAUGGAGAAGAAAAGGACUCUUCUACCUCUGAAAGAUAAUGUUCAGAAGCUGGUAUCUGCACAUGAAUCUCUGGACAAGAGGAUGACAAUGAUUGAAUCCACUCAAGAAAGGAUGUCCAAGCAGCUUGAAGCCAUCCAAUCUUCACUCUCUCUAAUCACAUCAAUACUGAUUCCUGAUGAGGAUGAUGUUAAAAAGGGGGAGAGAGACCUAACAGAGGACCUGAGAACUCUCUUUGGUGAAGAUAUUUAA